AUGAAUGAACUUCGCGAAAAUUCCAAUACGAGUUUGAACUCUAACGAUGCUGAUCCUGUCAGUGAAAAGAAUCCGCUUCAUACCUCAUCUCGUAUCAAUCUGGCAUCAUCCAAUAAUUUUAAUAUUAAACGUGGGAAUUCUGAACUUCUUAUAGGGAACUGUGGAUUUGCUGCAGAUGAACAACAGUCAAUUACAAAUAAACAAAAUAUAAUUUCUUCUGACCAGUCAUCGAAUAAUUUUCAAAUUAACACUAACUCAUCAAAUCUUCAGUCAUCUGAUAUACCAAGUGCUCCUGAAUCUUUCAAAUGUGACCAGUUCUCUUGUGAAAUGGUUAACCCAAGCGUUAUUAUCCCCUCAAUCACUUACACUGGUACUGAAAAUGCUACUCCCACUCUGUUAAACAUCAAAGAGUCAGACAAACUUCAUGUUAUUUCUGAUGCUAGUAAACAUUCAAAAUCUUUAGAAUUGGAUUCUAAUUCUAGUUUAGAGCUGUUUCAAAAUGAUUCAAGUAUCCGCUCUUUUGGGAACUUUACAAGAGAAGGUGAACCAACAAUAUAUUAA